CUCAGCCUCUCUAUCAGUCUAGCUCUGAUGAGCCUUGGAUAAUAAUUACUGUAUUUCAGCAAAUCAAAGAGCUCCGCUGCAGUUCCUGGGUGCAGGGAACCUAUGGCAGAACAACGAUCUCUACGUGAUUCCACCAUUUGAAGUCCAUUGACAGGGAACGGCAGAGUGAUAGAUCCAAGAGCGCACUGAUAAGCUCGGAUGGACUCAAUAGGCCGCUGAGUGAAACGCUGGUGAGCUUUACGGUGUGCUGUUGAUUCUCCGAUACAGGCCAAGUCCUGACUUUACCAUGAAGAUCUCUGGGACUUCACUCGACCUGAGUGCAACAGACUAUGGGAUAACCCUGGACCCUACAUUCACCAUGCUGGAGUUUGACGGUCUACGUGUUCUCCCUGUGCAAACAGAGCCACUAAUACCAUGCUACGUGCCUGCAUCAGUACCAGUGGCUGCGCCGCAGCAGAGCAGUGUGAAUCUCUGCGCUAUCUGUGCAGACAGAGCUACGGGGAAACAUUACGGUGCGUCCAGCUGCGAUGGCUGCAAGGGCUUCUUCAGAAGGAGUGUGCGCAAGAACCAUGCCUACACAUGCAGGUUCAGCAGGCAGUGUGUGGUGGACAAAGACAAAAGAAACCAAUGUCGAUACUGCAGACUUCGAAAGUGCUUCAGAGCCGGCAUGAGGAAAGAAGCUGUUCAGAAUGAGCGUGACCGCAUCAGCUGUCGUAGAGAAGGUCAAGGCGUUGGGACUCUCACCAUUGAUGUGCUGAUGCAGGCUGAGGCUUGCACUCAUCAGAACCCCUCCCAGAAUCCCAUGAGGGACAUCAAAACCAAGAAGAUAGCUGGCGUGAGUGAUGUGUGUGAAUCCAUGAAACAGCAGCUCCUCCUCCUAGUGGAAUGGGCAAAGCGCAUCCCUGAAUUCUGUGAGCUGUCAGUGGAUGACAGGGUGGCACUGUUAAGAGCUCACUCCGCUGAGCACCUCAUCUUAGGGGUGGCACGACGUUCGCUUCCUUACAAUGACAUCAUCCUGCUGGGUGAGUGCUGGCUCAAAACCAUCGUCUUCUUUGCCCCAGACUGUCCUGGACUGCAGUGCUCUCAGGCAGUGCGCCGACUGCGAUUCCAGGCCCAGGUGCUGCUGGAUGAGGCCACGAGCGAGCAGCGAGGCCGGUUUGGGGAGCUGUUGUUGUUGCUGACCACACUCCAGAGUGUGGCCUGGCAGAUGGUGGAGCAGCUGCAGCUGAUGCGUCUCUUGGGCAAAGCCAGUGUGGACAGCCUGCUGAUGGAGAUGCUCCUGGGAGAAGAAGCAUCCAGAGGAUCUGAAGCACUGCCAGCAUCAGAGUCAAAUCCUGAGCCACUUUUAUUCACCACAGCUACAGAGUCUGUCCUCUCCAGAGGAAUACUGACGGAGCAUAUCCCAAUGCUUAACUUCACAUCCGUGAUCCUUCCUGUACCCGCCUCUCUGUCUGAAGAUCCCCUGCUACCCACACACACCGAACCGGAGGUCUUCACACAUGGACAAGCAGCAGACAUGCCAAGAGAAAUGUCCAACUGUCUCACCAUGCCCACUGUUCACACGUGCCUUUAACCACAUGUAUAAAGGUCCUCAGUUAAAAAGACAUAAAUAACUUUAUAUACUGAAGACCUCUGCUGAUAGACACAUAUACGCACAGACACUACAAUUAUGGAUGAGGAGUCCUUGUAUUUUACAUUUAGUGAAUAAUGCUUAAUAAUAGCGUUAAAAUCUAACAUUUAAUUACAAUUAAAAUUGUAAUUUGAGUUAAAAAUUAACAGACAAUAAAAAGCCUCCAAGCAGUAUAUAAAUAUUUUGUUUUGAGAUCACUGGUAAAUGAUUGUCUAAUUUAUUGGAUGGUGACAUGGCAGGGCGCCUGCAUAACCAUUACAAUUCAACAGCUCUCAUGGGUUCAUGGUUCAAUCAGAUACCAGAUGUCAAACACAUGAGGGUUGGUCUGCCUUAUGUAGACAAAAGGGCUGCUGGAUUUUUUUUUUUCCUCCCACUUGAAAAUAUCAUGAAGAUUUUCUCUAGGCCUUAAAUAUCAUUGUUUUGUUAUAUCAUACACUGUAAAA